UUAAGGUUCACCGCUGGGUGGCAGAUACUCUUUCUGUAUACAUACACUUGCUGUCUAACUUAGCUUCUGCCACCUCCAACAUGCACUCUUUCUUCUUCUUCUUCUCAUCUAUCCCAACUCCAUUUCUUCAUCAGAUUAUGCCCAUCAUCUUUAUAGUUUCUUUGCUGCUUGUGCUUGGAUCACUUCUAUUCCUCCUUCAAUGGAAAUGGUGUCAGCCCACACUACACAAACACCGCCUUCCUCCCGGUUCCAUGGGCUGGCCUUACGUAGGGGAAACCCUCAAGCUCUACACUCAACACCCCAACACCUUCUUUUCCGUCAGGCGGAAAAGGUAUGGUAACAUAUUCAAGAGCCACAUAUUGGGGUGCCCUUGCGUGAUGAUUGCGAGCCCGGAAGCAGCAAAGGUAGUUCUGGUGAGCAAAGCCCAUCUCUUCAGGCCGACGUAUCCGCCGAGUAAGAUGAAAAUGAUAGGACCGGAGGCGCUCUUCUUCCACCAAGGUGAUUACCAUUUGAUGCUCAAGAAGUUGGUUCAGGCCUCGUUUUCGCCCUCCGCGAUUAGAGGAUCGGUGCCCGCAAUCGAAAAUAUAGUCCUCAGCUUCCUCCCCGUUUGGGACAACAGUACCACUCUUAUAUGCACUUUGCAAGAGAUGAAAAAGUAUGCUUUUGAGGUGGCUAUGAUUUCAGCGUUUGGUGACAACCCAGAACCAGAAACGGAAGGAAUCAGAUGUUUGUACCAAAACUUAGAGAAAGGCUACAAUUCAAUGCCUUUGGAUUUUCCGGCUACUCCAUUCCACAAAGCAAUGAAGGCGAGGAAGGCAUUGGAUGAGACGUUGAGGAGAUUAAUAGAGAAGAGAAGAGGAAGUGGGGAAGCCGGAAAAGGGUUAUUGGGAAUUUUGUUGGCAGCUCAGAAGCAGAAGCUGAAUCAAUUGAGUGAUUCUCAAGUAGCAGAUAACAUUAUAGGAGUAAUAUUUGCGGCUCAUGAUACAACGGCAAGCGUCCUCACUUGGCUGCUCAAAUACUUGCAUGAUAAUCCCAAUGUCUUGGAAGCUGUCCAGAGGGAGCAAGAGGGAAUUCGACGCAAACUACAACUACAAGACAAACGGGGGCUUACGUGGGAUGAUACCCGACAUAUGUCGCUGACUAGCAGGGUGAUUCAAGAGACGUUACGGAGUGCUAGCAUUCUAUCCUUCACGUUCAGAGAAGCAGUGGAAGACGUGGAAUUCCAAGGUUAUGUCAUCCCCAAAGGUUGGAAGGUUCUCCCUCUCUUCAGAAGCAUUCACCAUUCUUCUGAUUUCUUCCCCCAACCAGAAAAAUUCGACCCUUCAAGAUUUGAGGUGCCUCCCAGACCUAACACGUAUAUGCCAUUUGGAAAUGGGGUGCAUUCUUGUCCUGGAUCUGAACUGGCUAAACUUGAGAUGCUCGUCUUCCUUCACCAUCUCACUACCACUUACAGGUGGCGCCAAUGCACCACUCCACCUCCAAAUUUUAGACUCUGCUCAUCUUUUGAGCCAUUAAUGGCAUGACUAUGCACUCACAUUCCUGAGGCUACGAGGGGAUGAGACUCAACCCACAGUCUGUUUUAGACCUGGAAAAAUUGAAAUUGUUAUGUUGAUAUCAGAUUUGGUCGAAUUUAAUUAAUGAGAGAAUGGAAAGUGAUGGGGGAGGGAGAUGCAAUACAAUAUGGCCCAUUUCCUGUGCCUAAAGGAGGACUGCCGAUUCAAGUCUGU